UUUAGUGCCAUAGCAUGAGCCUGAGUCUGUAGACUCAGGAUGUGAGAUUCACUGCUGUAGGGGUUUUUUGUUUGUUUGUUUUGCAGUGUAGAUAGAUGUUCCCUCAGAGAGAGGAACUACAAGAAGCAGUCAGGCUCCUAUGGAAAGUCCUGAAGUAGGAUCUGCAAGAAGUAGGGAACUCUAGUGACUGGUACACUGUCAGAGGGACUCCAAGGAAGACAGCCUGGAAGUCAGUGCUCUAACAAAGCAGGGAAAAACUUAAAGAUAGACCAGAAGGAGCUGAGAAAUUGGGCUGAGAACAUCCCUGGGGGGGGGGUGAGGGGUGGAAUAACCUUUUGUUUGUUUCGACAUUUAGUUGGACUUGUUACCCCAGAAGAAGUUAAAUUUAAGUUUCUUGUCCAGAAUGCUAAGCCAGUUUGUCUAUGCCAACCCAUUAGGUGAAGGCAGAGGGGUCCCACCUUUGGAGGAAACUGAGAAACUCUUCAAGUGCGGAUGGGAAGCACCCCACAAAUAGUGUCACUGAAUGAUAACAUCUUCAUACCAUGCACGAUCUCUGGGUACAAGACAGAAGAACUGGAUAUCAAGAAUGUGGGAGUUACCUGGUAUCUUAAGCCUCCAAGAGCAGACCAAAAAGAGGAAGUAUUCACAUUUCUGACUGGAGAACAUUUUCCUCGUAGAAAUGGGGCCAAUAUGUCUGACAGUGACCUGAGAAGAGGAAAUGCUGCACUCUUUCUACCACAGAUACAGUUUAAGGAAGCAGGAACAUAUACCUGCCACGUUACUGUAACCCCUUUUGAUGCUCAGGGAACAGCUGUUUUAGAGGUAGUUGCUCAACCAACUGUCAGCCUGUCUCCAAAAGAAGUUAUAAUAGAAAGUGACAAGGAGAAGACUCUGUCAUGUGAAGUCAAUAAGUUCUAUCCAAAUUUGGUUGACAUUAAGUGGAUGAAGAUUUCAAAGAAUAACCAGGACAGUAGCGUAGCAGCAGAGGAUAUCUGCACAGGAGCCUCUGUAGAAAAUGAAGACGGCACAUUUAAUGUCACUAGUAAAUUAAGGCUGCAACCGUCUUUGCAAGAUAAUGGAAAUGUCUAUAGAUGUAUUGUGAGUCACAAAACAUUUCCUGACGAUUUACUUCUCAAUAGCGUCUUGACUGUCACAGCCCCCAGGUCCGAUUCAAGCAUUUUAAUUGGAGUGAUCAUUGGAACAAUAAUAGCCUGUAUUAUUGUGCUCGGUUUGGGAGUUUUCGUGUACGAUAAGUGUUUUAAGAAAAUUCCACCAACAAUAAUGGCAUUCAUAGGGAAUGUGGAAAUGAAACAUUUAGAAGACACUUCUUUGUAUUGUCAAUUUUCCGGCUUUCGUCCAAAACCUAUAACCGUAGCUUUUUUUCUGAAAAAGUAUCAACAAGAACAAAAGGAGACAAUUUACUAUUGGAACAGUGAAAAGGAUGACAUUCAACGAGAUGAGGAAAGUGCUGCUCUCCUGUCUACGUCAAAGAAUUUUCAGUUUCAGAUAUACUUGAAGUCACUAGAUAAUGGCACUUUUGAAGUUCCAUGCAUCAUUCAUAUAUCUCCAAACGUGCAUGAGCUAAACAAGGCAGAGAUUUCUCUUGAAAUUAUACACGAGGCCCUUCAGCAACGUCCUGCUAUGGCAAUAACGGAAUUGAAGGUCAUAGCCGUGCCAGUGUUGGAUCCAAUCCUGUGUUCUACAGAUGUGCCAAGACCAGAUGAGCCUAUAACUUUGACUUGCAGAAUUCAUUCUUUUUUCCCUGAAACAAUUGAUUUGGCUUGGUAUAAAGAUGGUGAUGAAGUGCCAGAGGAACCCUUCAUUAGUGAUGUGACAAGGGGACCAGAUGGACUUUUCUUCUGCACCAGUAGUUUAAUAUUACAUCUUGGAGUUGAGGACACUGGAAGGAGCUUCAUAUGCAAAGCUAAACUUAAAGGCUCACACCAGUAUAAAGAAUCUUCUUGGAAGCUGGAAAAUUUGAUAUUUACUCCAAAAGUCUCAAAUAUUGUAUGUGAGCCCAGUAUCCCCGAGAGUGGGGAGGCCGUCACAUUAUCUUGCCAGGUGACAGAUUACCACCCAGCACAGUGUCAGGUGCGCUGGAUAAGAGGCUUUGAAGAACUCACCGAGGCUGCAAUUAAAACCCAGGACCCUCAACUUGAUACAGCAACAAACCUGUUCCACAGAGUAAGCCAGGUGACAUUUACACCUGAACCUGAGGACCAUGCAGUGGAGUUCACUAUUGAAGUCAUCCAUUGCAACAGAAGUACAAAGAAGUCCCAUCCCCUCAUGUUAAAAGGUUUCCCAAAAAUUACAAGUAUUGUUCUUAGUCCAAAUGAUGUGGAGUAUGGAAAACCCCUUUCUCUGACCUGCAAAAUCAUGGAUUUCUAUCCCAACGAUAUUCAAGUGCGGUGGUUUCAGGAGAACAAUGAAAUCAAGAAGGGUUCAUCAGUACAAGAGCCAAAGCAGGAUACAAGGGGCCUUUUCUGCACAUCUUCUGAUCUUCAGCUAAUACCCUCUGCUCGAGAUUAUGGCAGAAAGAUUGGUGUAAUGGUGAUGCACAAGACUCUGACAAAGCCCAUUAGAAAAAAUGUGUAUCUAAAACUCCCAGCAAAGUCUCCUGCCGUUUCCAAGAUUAGAGCAACACCCACAUCACCGAAGGUCAAUGAGACUGUCUGUCUUGAAGUUUCCAUAUCAGAUUUUGCGCCAGAAAAUAUAAAAGUUGCAUGGUAUAAAGACUGGUCAGAGUUACCUAAAGACAACCAUAACAUAGAUACUCAAAUUGGAAAAAAUGGUUUAUGUUUCUCUACAUUGAAAACACAAUUUACUACUAAUGCAUCUGAUAAUGGAAAAAUGUUCAGAUGUGAGGUUAUUCAUCCAGCAACAAACUCCUGCACAGAGAAAAGGUUUACAUUGAAACUUGAUGAUUUUUCUACCAGCACUGGAGAUAUCCAGUCAGAGUGUGUAAAUCAGAACUACACAUUGAGCCCUAGACCCAUCAGUCAAGAGAUUAACACCCUGAAGAUAGAAUGCAUUACUAGCAACCCAAAGGCUGGGGAGGAUGUGACACUUCGCUGUUUUGUACAUGGAUGGACUACAGAGAGUGCCUAUGUUUCCUGGUUUAAGGGAAAAUACCCCAUUGAAGACAGAAUAGAGAACACAGACUGUGAGAAUGAGUCUGGUUUUAUUACUUCUGUAACUUUUAAACCUGAAGAACAGGACAAAGAAUGCAAGAUCAGAUGUGAGGUUUCUAACGAUGAGGAAUCUUUUGAGGAUUCAUACAUUUUAAAACUUGCAUAAUCUCCCUUCAGUGAAGAAUGUGGCCAUCAAACAGCAACUCUAUUUCAGUGCUUCAAGGGUUCAGUGAACAGUUACCUCAUUUUUUAAAAAAAACCUCUUUCAGGAAUUAAAACUUUAUCAGCGUAUACAAAUACACUACUCGGGAGAACCAGGGUUUGAGAAAAUAUGGACUGUUCAGGACCCAAGUUCUUCCGCAGGAUUGAAGUUAUCUAGACCACUUUUUCCCCAUCUCGAGUAUUUUUUACUUCAAUUUCUUGGCCAGAGACUGUAAUGAUCCUAUGAUAAAAGAACGAAGGAAAAUGGUUUUAACACCAACAGAGUGAAUCCUUAAUUAAAAUGCAUAUUCACCAAGACUUGGAAAAAAAUAUGAAUUUUUUUUUAAACUUUAUUAGUAUCUUGGAAGGUUUUAUUAUAGCAAUAGGGAAACAUAGUCUGGGAGUGAAUUUGAAGAAAAUCUCUUGGCUAAAACUAAAGGGCAACUACUUGUAUGUACAUUCCUACAUAAAGAUAUUUUCACUGUA